CAAGCGUUUCUGUGAAUGCGAGUUCCAGUUUUGUGUGGUGGUUGGUUUUUUUUUCCUCCCCUGCCGUUACCCCUCCUGCUGGACGAGCUCGGCGAAGCGGAGCCUGAGCCUGCGCGGCCGGGCGGGCGCUGCCCCUCCCCGCCUGCAGGAGGCGGCUCCAAGGGCACGGCGGGCCCCGGGCUGAGCGCCGCGGCCCGGCCCGGCCCGGCCCGCCUCCCCUCCCCUCCCGCCGCCAUGCUGGCCUCCCGCGGGCCGGCCCUGCGCACCGCCCUGCGGCGGGCACUGCCCGGCGGCCUCGCCUCCUUCCACCGCUCCGCUCCGCGCCGUCGCGCCGCCCGCGUCGCCGUGGUCCUAUCUGGCUGCGGUGUCUACGAUGGCACAGAAAUCCAUGAGGCCUCCGCCAUCCUGGUACACCUUAGUCGUGGGGGAGCCGAGGUUCAGAUGUAUGCUCCAGAUGUUCCUCAGAUGCAUGUCAUUGACCACAGUAAAGGGCAACCAGCUGAAGCUGAGUCAAGGAAUGUUUUAGUGGAAUCUGCAAGGAUUGCUCGUGGUAAAAUUACAAGCCUGGCUAAGCUUACUACAGCAGACCAUGAUGCUGUAAUAUUCCCUGGUGGAUUUGGAGCUGCUAAAAACUUGUCUACCUUUGCUGUUGAUGGGAAAGACUGCAAGGUGAACAGAGAAGUUGAACGUGUCUUGAAAGAUUUCCACAAAGCAGGCAAACCUAUUGGUCUUUGCUGCAUUUCACCAGUGUUGGCAGCAAAGGUUCUCUCUGGUGCUGAAGUAACUGUGGGCCAUGAAGAAGAGGAAGGUGGCAAGUGGCCUUAUGCUGGGACUGCAGGAGCCAUUAAAGAGCUGGGAGGAAAGCACUGUGUGAAAGAAGUAACUGAAGCUCACGUGGAUACAAAAAACAAGGUGGUAACUACCCCAGCAUUUAUGUGUGAAACAGAAUUACAUAAUAUCUUUGAUGGCAUUGGGGCCAUGGUAAAGAACGUGCUAAAAUUAACUGGCAAAUAAAAGAAAUAAUCAGAAAUGUUUAAAUUUAGGGUGUAGCAUCCAAUAAAAUAUGGACCAAUGGAAACAUUUUCACCUGCUUGUGCUGUCCACACUCUAGUGGAUACUGACCCAAAGCUGAUUGAUUCCUGACUGCUGGGUUUUCCAUGCCCUUUGUGAGAGAGGGGCCUGCAGUAAGGGCUUACGGAGUAGGAGCAGCCUGGCCUGGGACACAGCAUUUUCGUGAGCUUUUUCAGCUGGAGGGGGCUGUGCAGAUGUGUUCUGGAACCAAUCCUGUUGAUGUACCAGUGUCAAAUAAUUUCUGUGGGGGCAAAAAGAGAUGAAAGGCCCUUUCAGAAGGGCAGAUGUGUUGGAGGGGUGUAGCAGAUGCAAUGGCAGGAUAUCCAGGGAAUACAGAAUGGGAGCAGAGAGGAAUUAGUGUGUAGUUCAAGGUUUAUGUGCUCACACCUGUAUCUGUGAACUAAAAGCCAGGUUCAGCUGUCAAGGGAAUAUAUAUCUUGCACAUCUUAAUUUUAGCAUCUUAAUUUGGUAUUAAUUAAAUAUUAAUAUUUUCAUUUUCCAUUUCAAAUAAUCUUGUUUUCACAAAGGAGGUACUCUGAUUAUCAAUCAGCAGCUGGGUACAUCUUAACUAUCACAACACUAGCACUUUGAAAAAUUGAUCCAUUGGCCCAUUAUAGCUAAAAAGGUCUUGAAGGAGAAAAUAUCUGCUGAAGUGACGCACAAUUUUAAAGGAUAAAAUCCAUGUUAUAGUUGCAUGACUAGCAGUGGAUGGAAAAAAAAAUCUCACAUUAUCCUUACUUUCACUGCUUCAGGGUAAGAAAGCUUUCUCCAAAGAAAUAUUAUUGAAUGUCUGGAAUAAUGAUGUAUGAAUAAACUCCUUUCUGCCUUUAUCUCA